CACACACACAUCAUGGACAGGCUAUGGAGAUUGCUGCUAUUGUGUUCUCUCUCUACUGCGUGUGAGUAUCCUCUCUCUCUCUCUCUCUCACACACACACACUCAUCAUGGACAGGCUAUGGGGAUUGCUGCUAUUGUGUUCUCUCUCUACUGCGUGUGGAUCUCUGGUCAGAGAUAAGAUCACACAGGGUCCCUCCUUCAUCUCUGCAGAGGCCGGCGAUGUCCUUCAUCUUAUGUGUGUCUUCUCUUCUCAAGAAAUGAACACUGGUAUUCUGUGGAUGAAACAGUCUGUUGGAGAGGAGCCUGUGCCCAUCGCCUCACAUUACCCUCCAAAUACUAAUUUCUACAAUGAUUUUGACGAGAGCGGCCGCUUUAAACCAGAAGGUGGAGCGAACAGCUUUAAUCUGACAAUUUCCCAAACACAGACUACAGACUCAGCUACCUACUACUGUGGAUCUGUUUAUUAUGCUGAGGUGACUUUUGGGAAAGGAACGGUUGUAUUUGUCAAAGGCGGUAACGUGACGCUGACCUGCUCUGUCCACUCUGGGAGCUGUGCGGAGGAGCCCGGUGUGUUCUGGUUCCGACCCGCCUCAGGAGACUCACGUCCAGGAGUGGGUUACAGCAGUGGAGACAACAGCUGUGUGUACCAGUUGUCCAGGAGGAACCUAAGUCGUGAUGACGCACACACACACUACUGCGCCGUCGCUGCCUGCGGACGCAUAGUGUUUGGGAACGGGACACGGGUGCACGUUCAAGAUGAGUCCUGGGAGCCAAUCCCGCAGCUCCUCGUUGUGUCAUCGCUGGUCACAGUGCUGCUGAUGAGUCUGAUGGUGAAUGUGGGCUUCUGUGUGAGGGCGAGGCGGUCAGCCAGCCAAUCAGGUGUGUCUCUGUGUGUCACCUGUAAUUCUGUCAUCUCAGCACCUGGGAGCUCUUCAGCAGGUAGAGGACAGUGGGAGGAGGGUGGUGUGAGCUAUGCCACAGUGCAGCUGACUGCGGUUCAGAGAGACGCACAGCGGAGGCAAAACAACACACACACACACGGACAACACUCUACUCCGUAUUCCACCACCAGGACUGAAAGACCCACACAGAAUCAUACGGAACACAGGACCGAGACCACUCCGUAUUCUACCACCAGACACACACAGAACCACACACACACACACAGAACCAACUGUACUCCAUACUCUGCUACUAGAACGGGAAAACACACACAAAACCACACAUACGCAUACCCACACACACAGAACCCCCUCUACACUCCAAUUCAGCACCAGACCAGGAAGUGACAUAAAAACAGAAUCCCCUCUACUCCCCAAGACAGGAUGUGACAUACUGUACAUGGAAGCCUCAUCGGCUACAAGGACAGGAAGACACAGGAGGUCACAUGACUCAGUCCCAGGAGUGUCUGAGCCCCGUGUUAUAGAGAGACCAAGUCAUGGGACCUACACUCUUAAAACGAAUGUGUUGAAAGCAACGCAACUUGCGUUGUUUUUAACACAUGUCUGUGUCCAGAUAGUAUUGUCUCCUUUACUUCCUUGUAGCAACAAAUGUUGUAAAUUUGAAUUGAAUAACCUUUGAUUUUAUUAGUUAGAGGGGAUGUCAUGCAAUACAUUUUUUUGGGAUAAUAUAAUUGGUUAAAGUUGCAGUUAGCAAGAUUUUUUUGAUCACAUUGACUGAAACCGACACUAUGCUCCGACAGAAUAACAUAGAUCAGCCGGUUUUAG